AAAGUGAAAGUGUCUGACAGUAGUUGAGUGGCGGCUGGGCGUCGGGCAGUAAUGAUGGUCUGGACCGGUCCGGGUCUAAUUGGUGGACAGGUUCUAAGAGCGGUCAGAUGGAUCCGGGUUCUCUCUCCGUGUCAGUCUGCCUUGUGAUGGCUUGUCUCCUCGGAGCUGCGCCCCUCUCCAGCGGCGACAACACCAGCUGUCCGUGUCCACGCAUUCCUCCAUUGAAACUGAUUGAACCUCCACCAGAGGGUUGCUACCAGAUUGAAGAGCGCUAUCGCUACCAGUGUGUGGAGGGUUAUGUGAGGAAAGCAGGAACUUCAGCUCUCACCAGGUGCAGAGGAGAUGAUCAUGGUCACCUCCGCUGGAUCACGCCCUCAUUAGAGUGUAUACCUGAUCCUAACAGACCCAUACCACCAACAACGCCACCACCACCACCAACACCAACCCCAAACAUAACAGCAACAACAGCUACUCCCACCAGCCGACAGACAACUUGGAAUACGAGCGUUUCAGUUUCCGAGGGUGGAGGAACAAACAGCGUUGAGCCAACCACACAUGGGGAAGAAGAUUAUGGGACCCCAACCCCAGAAAAGGACAAGCCAAUGCAGAACUCCACAUUCUCACAAAGAACUGCUAGCAGCUCAACCACCUCCCCUCCAGGGGCCAACAAAGCAGCAACUCCCACCAGACUACAGACAACCGUGGCUGCAAGCACCUUCAGUUCAGUGACUGGACAAAGAGACAGCAUGGAUGGAUGUGGAAAAAUAAAUUCUGUGACACAGACUGUAGUCAAGAGCCAAACAACGAUCUCCACAAUUUCACCGAGCACUGAUAACAGCUCCACCAUCUCACCUCCUGGGGCCCUCAAAGGAGAAUUUGCCCAAGCAAUGGGAAUCAGUGCUUCAUUAGUUAUCAUCUGUGCUGUAAUCGGGAUCAGCUUCUUACUGUAUCGAAGGAGGUCCAAAACCACCAUCCCGCUGCAGAGACAAGAAGAACUGAGGCCCAUAAACUGUGCUCCAGCUGUACCUGAAGCAGUUUGAAGCCUAUGACCUUCUGCCUUUACAGAGAGCAGGAACAGAUUCUCCUCAUGGAGUGAAGACCUCCACACAGGACUGUAAAUUAUGUGUGUGUGAAGAAGCCCUUUGACAUUCUGUGGACAUAUGUAGGCAGUUAUUAGGAGUGCAUAAGGAACUUCAGUGCUGAGAGCCCUCUUCUCAUUCACCAAGUGCUCUAACACACUGUUUUUUUUUUACCCUUCGAGGAUAAGACUGGUGAUACUCUGUUUUAGUGUUGUCAAAUCCCUACAAUGAAAUAUUCCAGCCGUCAAGCAUCAUCCCUUUAACCAAAGCCUGAAAUAGUUAAGCUGAGCCAUGGAGCUCUACUGAAAGUGAUUUGAGGUCAGUGCCAUAAACACAUUCUUGCUCUUGAGCCAAAAUCUAUAUCUAAAAAUGCUCUGUUUAAGCAAAGUAUGCUCCAACCUACAGUGCUUAGCAUUUCAGAGGAUUACUUAGCUGCAGAAACAGACUAUAUCCAAAAGAUGGACCACUGUGAAAUGGAAAUAACAACGUAACCAUACCCUGCUUUAUCAUCUGUUUUACUGUAAACAGGACCACAAUUUUCAAAGUGAACAUCACGCUGUAUUGAAGGAGACACAUGACUAAUGACUGAAACCAUAAACUCAGUAGGAAAAUGUUUACUGAAGUAAUGAGUCAGGUCAGAAGUAGCAUCAUUUUCUCAUAGACUUCUAUAAAAUCCAAUGACUUUUUGUAACCACAGGAGUCACCCCCUGCUGGCUGUUAGAAAAAAUGCAGGUUUAAGUCAGUUGCACAUUGGCUUCACUUUUCAGACUUGAAGGCUACAUCCAUCUUGUAUUUACAAUUGUUUGGGGUUAAAAGCAUGUUAAACAAGUUUUUAUGUCUUUAGUAAGAACCUAUGAAUUAAGUGCCACACAGAAAGGAAAAGUAUUUGUAUUUGUACAUCUGCUACUGUAUUUUAUGAUCAGCGUCAGAGAACAUAACGCCGUUCUGAUAGUUUACUGUAUACAUUUACUUUUAAUUAAAUUCAGUGUGGAAUAAUGUGAUAAGAAUGUACCGAUGACAUACUUUUUUGAACAAAUUAACACACAAACACCAUAAAUACCAAAGGAACAUGCUUUGUUGUUACUUUUCAGCUGCCUCUUUUAUGCAAAGGAUACAUUGAGGAUACACCUGAGCAUUCUGAAUCACAGCUCCUCCAUCAAGCCUCCUCUUUCCUUGAGAUGCAGUUUAGGAAUUGAGACAUCCUUCAUGGUGGUCACUAAAAUCAGUUCACAGGCAGGAGGACGGACAACAGAGGCAACAAGGAGGCCCAUGACAGAGAAAUGACAGGAGCUCUGAUAGUUUGUUUUGGCUUUUUCAUGCGAAUGGUAACAAAAAAUGACAAUGAAAAUAUUGUAUCUCUGGAGUGAAUUAUAAAGUUUUGUGUUGUUUUCACUCAAAUGGAAUAUUUGUAAAUGAACAAACUGGAGUGUAAACGGUUGCUGCCAGCAAUCACUGUGAAUGAAAUGACUGAUUUUUUUAUAUGUGCAGGCUUAAAGUGAAUGUGUAGCGAGGAAACAGUGAUCCAAACAUAAUAAAUCACGUUUGGUUGCUCCUA